UUGCUGGUGGUGGUGGUGGUGUUGGUGGUGGCGGCGGUGGCGACGCUGCUCUGGGCCACCGCCACUCCUCGUCACAGCGCCGAGCGCCCAGACCACCGAUGGGCGACCGCCGCACCGCCGGCACCGCCUGCACCGGCACCGGCACCACCACAACAUCAAGCAGUGGCAAUAGCGGCGACGACGGUGACGCCGGUGGUGGUGGUGGUGGUGGAAGACGGGCUCGCAGAGCCCCGAGGGGCGAGCGUCCAAGCCGCGUCUCUCUCAAGCGCCGCUCGGACCCCCUCAGCCUCCCGCCGCGACCCGACUCCCCCCGGCACCGGAGCGGGGCCGUCAGCGAUGACCUCGGCCUCGGGCAUAGCCGGGACAGCCUUGGAGGAGGAGGAGGACGAGGAGGAGGAGGAGGAGGACGAGGAGGAGGAAGUGGAGGAGGUGGAGGAGACGGCCGCCGGUCCUCAAGGCGCCGUUCCGUCCGCCAGUCCGAGGGGACCUGCCCAGGCUACAGUGGGGACAGCCGUCCUGACGGGGACAGCCGUCCUGACCGGGACAGCCGUCCUGACCGGGACAGCCGUCCUGACCGGGACAGCCGUCCUGGCUGGGACAGCCGUCCUGACCGGGACAGCCGUCCUGGCUGGGACAGCCGGGACAGCCUCUUGGGAGCGGCGGCAGGAGGCGGUGUACGGCGUUCCGUCAGGGAGGGCUCCCGGGAGCCCAGCGUAGGCCCGAGGGACAGCCUCCUCCUCCUCGGAGGAGGUAGAGCAGGAAGCGUUGGAGGAGGUAG